CAAAAUAACCCCACUAUUGUACGGAAAGAUUAGAUGGUGGAUUGACAAUACAUAUGGUGGAGUGCACCUUUCGUGGAAAAAGGAGAAAGGCAAUUUGUGUAGGAGCGGUAGAAGGUGUUGAGGUAUUUGUUUGCUUUCUCCACGAAGGACUCGCAAGUGAGAUAACUGAGAUUGAGGCAAUGACCAAAGCAAUGGAGUUGAGUCUCGUUAUUGUUAUCCUUUGUCAUUUGCAAUCUUUGAAUCAUCUCACUAUGUUAUUAGUGAGAAUUUAUGGUAUUUUAUUAGCUGAUAUGGAAAGAAGGAAAAGAUCAAGGAGGAAAGUUAAGUGGGAUUGUUGUAGUAGGGCUCCGACCAGGGAAAUUAAUAUGCAUAGAAUAGUCUAUAUUAUUGACACUGCUUGUAUUGAAAAUACAAGGAUGGAUAGGAGAUGCUUUCAUAAUUUGUGUGACUUAUUGAAAACUGUUGGGAUGCUUCAACCAACAAGACACAUGGGGGUAGAAGAGCAAGUUGCAAUCUUCCUUCACAUAUUGGCUCAUGACAUUAAAAAUUGCAUAAUUAAAAGACAUUUUAUGAGGUCAGGUGAAACAAUUAGUAGACAAUUCAGCAAGGUGUUGCAGGCUGUGUUAAGGUGUCAUAGUGUACUACUUAAACGCCCUGAACCCGUUCUUGAAAACUCAACUGAUGACAAAUGGAAGUGGUUCAAGAAUUGUCUCGGAGCUCUGGAUGAGACGUACAUCAAGGUGAAUCCCCUACAAGAUGAUAAGCCAAGAUACCGCACUAGGAAGGGUGAUGUUGUGACGAACGUCUUGGGUGUUUGUUCGCAGGAUUGCCAAUUUAUUUAUGUUUUGCCCGGAUGGGAGGGUUCAGCAGCAGAUUCAAAGGUUCUCAGAAACGCUAUCUCUCGUCCAAAUGGAUUAAGGGUACCUAAAGGUUACUAUUAUUUGGCUGAUGCUGGUUAUAUGAAUGAGGAAGGUUUCCUUACACCUUAUAGAGGGACAAGAUACCAUCUUAAUGAGUGGAGACAUGGCGCACAGCCAACGACACCGCAAGAAUUUUUUAACAUGAAACACUCGAGUGCUAGGAAUAUGAUUGAAAGAUGUUUUGGGUUGUUGAAGGGGCGUUGGGCCAUCGUAAGGUCUAAGUCCUUUUACCCGGUCAAAACACAAACCAGGAUUAUCACUGCAUGUUGUUUGCUUCAUAAUCAUAUAAGGAAGGAAAUGCCUAUUGACCCAUUGGAGGAUAAUACAGUAGACACUGCAGUGGCUGAAGACAACUUUGAAGGACAUGAAAUGAUAAUGCAUGUUGAGUCAUCCAAUGCAUAGACAAGGUGGAGGGAUGAAUUGGCACAACAAAUGUUUGACACGUGGAGGAAUUGAAGUUGACUGAUUCGUCUUGUUGUCAUUUAUAAUGUAUUUGAAGAGAAUGGCACAAUUAUAUGGUUGUAGUAAAAAAUUUUGUUAAAGCCCGACCAUUUGGUUGUACUAAGUUUGAUUUCAGAACAAUUAUGUGGUUGUAUUAUGCAUUCUGUUUUUUCACCUAAUCUGUCUUCAACGUUUAAUGUUUAUUUUUAUUGUCCAAAAUAUUAUGUCUAUAACUUGUUGCAGAUGGCUGAAAAGGAUAGUCAAUCGUCGAAACGGAUUAACCAUACUUGGACAAUCGAAGAAGACAGGAUCCUUGUGGAAUGCCUUGUUGACUCUGGUUUACAUUGGAAAGGUGACAAUGGUUUCAAGGCUGGCUUCCCUAAUCACUUAGAGAAGCUGAUGGCUGAGAAAAUUCCUGGAUGCACAUUGAAGGGCACACCCCAUAUUACUUCUAGGAUCAAGCUGCUUAAAAGGCAUUACAAUGCCAUUGCUGAAAUGAUGGGGCCGAAUGGAGGAGGUGGUUUUGGGUGGAAUAAUAGGGACAAAAUGAUUGAUGUGGAGAAGAACAUUUUCAUGGA